AUGCUGUCUGUAGCCAGGAGAGAGCUACUUUUACCCGAGGGCUGGAAGACUUCCCUACCCAAGGAACAGCAUGUGUGGGUAAGUCGGGCCCUUUUCACCAGGAGCAAGGAUGGAAAGCCUGUUCUGACGUCCAACCUUCGCCUUUGGUGGCAUCCUCCCGGCCCCCGCAAUGUGCACCUCCAGCCCCCGACGUCGUCCGACACCUUUUUUCAGCGCCCGUUCUUCCUGUGGAUGCCGUACCGCAUGUGGGGCUACAAGCUGUCCUGCACGGUGUGCAGCCACAGGUUGUCGGGAGCCGGACUCUACAGGACCGUCCGGAGGGUCCUGGAGUCAGACGGAUGGUACUUUAUGGCCACAGAAUACCUGGAGUGCCGGUGCUGCAAGAAGAAGGUGGCGGGCUGGUCGCAGGAUAUCUUAGAUCAGCUGCACUGCACCCAUCGGGAUCAGUUUCCAGCUAUCCUGACUUACAGAUUAUCCUGCGACAAAAAGCUCAUCGGGCAGAUGCGUGAGCGCACGCUGGGCAACGGGGCCACCCGGAUGCGCAGAUAUCUGCUCGAGGAGCACGCCAAGUCCUGGUUGGAGCGGUCCAGACAGUUCAUGUUCGCGGUCACCAAGUUCAUCACAUCGGGUGCCGAGCCAUCUACGACUACGCCUCGACCACCACGGAUGACCCCGGUGCCCGGUGUAAAGUGGUUGCUGUCCAUCUAUGCCAGGGAGGUGGCUUCGAGGAUAGAAGAGACCAAGGCCCGGAUCACCUCCAUCUUUGGCUCAUUCUUGAAGAUGGACUCAACCAAGAAGGCACUUCAGCCAGCGCGGCCCACUUUCAGGCCUAUCUGCUGGAAGGCCUGGCGCGGUGGAACGAGGACCGUGCGGCACAAGCAGUGGAGGCAGCAGACCGUGAUAUGGUCUGCUACAGUGGCCAACUCCAGCACUCCGUCAAUGAGCUGA